AUGGUCCGUUCAUACCAGCGCCAUGGCCCGACACAGGCCUUCGGUAUGAUAUGUAGUAAUUCUUCCAAUGCGGUAUAUGAUGGUCGAUAUGCAUAUGUGCCCGCUCUGGAAGAUGUUUUGGUUUGGGAUGUAAAACGAGGGCAGAUGCUUGCUAUGUGGCACGAGACAGGCCACCGAGCGGAAGUAACAUGUAUUCGACGAUCACCAGUGAAAGAAACAUUUGCGGUUGGUUACACAGAUGGGUCAAUCAGAUUGUGGGACUCUGCCAGUGGUAGCGUCACUGUAGUCUUCAAUGGACACAGGAAAGCUGUCACAGCACUCGCCUUUGAUGGAACUGGAACCAGGUUGGCGUCUGGCUCUCAAGAUACCGAGCUAAUCGUAUGGGAUAUUGUAGCCGAAACAGGCCUUUACCGACUGCGCGGCCACCGUGACCAGAUUACAUCUAUCAGUUUCAUCCCCCCUUCUUUCGCGGCCAAUGCUCCCUCCAGUUCGACUUCCGAAAACUCAACAUAUUUGGUGACUGUUGCCAAAGAUACGUUCCUAAAAUUGUGGAAUCUUUCGACUCAACACUGCAUUCAAACACAAGUUGCUCAUCGCUCCGAGAUAUGGAGUAUGGACAUCGACAGCAGUGAUAGGAAGCUAUUAAUCUUAACCGGAAGCGGAGACGGAGAAGUAAAAGCCUGGUCAUUGGACGGCGUAAUUCUGCAAAACGGCCUGGUCCAGAACGAAAACGGCGAGAUAUCCAAGCCCAUUCAGCCGGCCGGAUCCCUGCCACUAUCAACAAAACACAGAGUUGCACAAAUUUCCCGGCAUCCUCACCUUCCUUAUCUUGCAAUUCAAUCACACGACAGAUCCGUCGAAGUAUUCCGAAUUCGUACCGAAUCCGAGGCGCUGAAAAAGCAAGCCAGGAGAAAGAAGCGGGCAAAGGAAAAGGCUAACAAGGCCAAUCUGAAGGGCAAGACUACGGACGUGGAAAUGGAUAAUGGGCAAGAGGAGACUGAAGCGGGAGUUAUUUCGCUAGAAGACCUGUUCACUCCCUAUUUGAUUGUUCGUGCGAGCGGCAAAAUACGAUCUUUUGAUUUCCCAGAAGGAACAUCUGGAUCAGAGACUAAAGGCAUUCAGAUCAUGGUAUCACUCGCUACCAAUGCGCUAGAAGUGUAUAAUAUACCCCCUCCCGUUAAAUCAAAGGAACAGCCUGAAGCAGCUCGUACUUUUACGCUCGAUCUCCCUGGCCAUCGAACCGACGUCCGGGCAGUGGCGCUAAGCUCUGAUGAUCAAUUAAUUGCUUCAGCAUCAAACGGCUUGUUGAAAGUGUGGAGUGUCCAGAGUACAGCUUGUAUCCGCACUUUCGAUUGCGGUUAUGCAUUAUGUUGCAUAUUCCUUCCAGGAGAUAGGCAGGUCGCCGUGGGAACAAAGUCGGGAGAGAUUCAAGUGUUUGAUCUUGCUUCCUCUGCGCUUGUGCAAUCCAUCCAAGCACACGAAGGCGCUGUGUGGUCCAUGCACGUUCGGAGUGAUAACAUCGCCAUGGUCAGUGGUAGUGCCGACAAAGACGUCAAAUUUUGGGAAUUUGAGCGUAAAACAGAAGAAGGCUCCAAAUUUGUUGGUCGGGUGGUCACAAUUGUACACGUCCGAACGUUGAAAAUGUCCGAAGAUGUACUAUCAGUUCGCUAUAGCCCUAACUCAAAGCUAUUAGCGGUCGCACUUUUGGAUUCCACUGUCAAGGUCUUUUUCCAAGAUUCCCUAAAGUUUUUCCUCUCCCUUUAUGGUCAUAAGCUUCCAGUGCUAGGGAUGGAUAUUUCUUCGGACUCCAAACUUAUCAUCACUUGCUCGGCCGACAAAAACAUCAAGAUCUGGGGCCUUGACUUUGGAGACUGCCAUCGAUCGUUAUUUGCUCACGAUGAUAGCGUCAUGCAAGUUGCCUUUCAACGGAAUACCCACUACUUUUGGUCUGUGAGCAAGGACAAAAUGCUUAAAUACUGGGACGGGGAUAAGUUUGAGCAAAUUCAGAGACUCGAUGGGCACCACGGAGAAGUUUGGGCACUAGCAACAAGCAAUGAUGGAAAAUUCGUUGUCACGGGCUCCCAUGAUAAAUCUAUUCGCAUAUGGGAAGAAACAGAAGAGCCGCUUUUCCUUGAGGAGGAACGCGAGCGAGAACUCGAACAACUCCACGAUGAUGCACUCGCAGAUACGCUUAACCGACCAAGUCACGCCAUAGGAGCCUUAGCGAAUGGCGACGAACCAAAUGAGACUGCCGAAGUGGAGACUGGUGUUGUAGAGAAACAAACUGCUGAUACGCUUAUGGCAGGAGAGCGUAUCAUGGAAGCCCUUGAUAUCGCCGAUUCAGAGCGCGCUGCCGCGCUUGCUUAUGAGGAGCAGUGUCUGGGUCUCACGGAGGAAGAAGUGGCCCGGCAUGUGCUCAGGGUUGUAGAAAAGGUGCCUGGUCCAGCACUCUUCGAUGCACUGCUCGUACUUCCAUUCACCAAGGUGGUCUCGAUGCUGACUUACCUCGAUGAGUGGGCCAAGCGUGACAUUUCGACGGCGAUGACAUCGCGCAUUCUAGUGUUCCUCUUGCGUACCCAUCACCACCAGAUCGUAGCGAAUAAAGUGUUAAGAACAACGCUUCUAGCUUUGAGAAACCAUCUACGUGGCGCCCUCAAGAUUCAUAAAGAUGAGGUCGGUUACAAUCUUGCGGCACUGAGAAUCAUCCGACGACGAGACGAUCUGAAUCGAGUGUCUGAAUUUUACGAGACUACUAUAGGGGAUACCAAGAGUAUGGCUCUGUCAUUGCCCGACGAGGCCACUAUACGCAAACAAAUCCAGGCUGCGGAUGGGAAAAAGCGAAAACGCGUCAACAUCGUUGCAUAA